AUGAAAUUUCCACACUCGCUCUUACUAUCUUUUUUAGUCCUGCAGUUUGCAUUGGCACAGGAUUAUUAUGCAAUACUUGGUCUUAACAAAGAUGCAUCAGAUAAAGAGAUCAAAUCAUCAUAUAGACAACUAUCCAAACAGUUCCAUCCCGAUAAAAAUCCAGGAAAUGAAGAUGCACACCACAAAUUUAUUGAAAUAGGUGAAGCUUACGAAGUACUAAGCGAUCCAGAGAAGAGGAAAAUAUUUGAUCAAUAUGGCGCCGAGGCGUUGAAGAAUGGAGGUCCAGGGCAGGGGGGACAAGGUGGAUUCCACGAUCCGUUUGACAUCUUUGAACAAAUGUUCAACAGAGGCGGGCCCGGUGGCGGAUUUGGCCAAAGACAGAAACCUCGUGGUCAUAAUUUGAGAGUUCAGGAAGAAUUGUCAUUAAAGGAAUACUACACAGGAUCAACCUUAGAUUUUAGUUUGAUGCUGAAUGACGUUUGUGACCAUUGUGAUGGCACAGGUUCUGAAGAUGGCAAAGUGACUCAGUGUCCUGACUGUCAAGGUCGCGGAGUCGUAAUACAACUGAUAAGAAUGGGUAUAAUUACACAGCAAAUUCAACAGGUUUGUGGAAGAUGUGGCGGUAGAGGAUCUAUCGUAAAGACCCCCUGUAAAGUCUGCCAGGGUGCAAAAGUUGUGAAGAAAUCGAAGUCAUUUCAUGUUGAGGUUCCAGCAGGAGCUCCAAGACAUUAUUCAGAGGUCAAACAUGGGGAGUCUGACAAGGGCGCCGACUUUGAUGCAGGUGAUAUUUUCAUUGAAUUCAAUGAAAAUAGUAAGAAUAACAUGGGCUACAGAAGACGCGGAGACCACUUAUUCAGAACCGAAGUGCUGAGUGCGAGAGAAGCGCUGUCUGGAAAUUGGGAAAGACACAUAGAGUUUCUCGACGAAACAAAGGAAGUAAAACUGUCAAGGCCCUCAAAUACAAUCGUGUCUGAUGGUGAAAUCGAACGCGUGGCUGGGUUCGGCAUGCCCAAAAGAGGCAAGGGUUUCGGUGACCUUUUCAUCGAGUAUAAAGUCAUCAUGCCUCACAAACUGGCAAGUGGAGGAUAUCAAGCGAUGAGAGAUGAGUUAUAA